AUGAGAGGAGGACUGAGAAUCCAAACUAAGGAUGCCUCGGAAUAUAGAACUGCCACCAGGAUUCUAGGAACUGAUAAUCACGAAUAUUACACAUAUUCGCUUCCUGAAGACAAGCUACUGAGCGUAGUUAUGAGGGGAAUCGAUAUGAGUGUGGAGAUUCCGGACAUUGAAAAUGAUUUGAAGAGUAAGGGACUUGAAGUCAAAACAGUCCAUAGGAUGAAAUCCUAUAAGACUAAGCUGGAUUUACCGCUAGUGAUCAUCCAAGUCUCCGAAUCCGAAGCCAGAAUUUGGGACGUCGAAGACUGCUGCAGCUAUGUAGUGAGAAUUGAAGCUCAAAGACAGGUAAAAAAUCAGAUUCCCCAAUGUCACAGAUGCCAGAAGUUCGGGCACAGCCAACGAAACUGCAGAGCAUUAUACAGAUGCGUCAAGUGCGGAGACCAAUAUCCCACAACCUCCUGUGAUAAGCCCCGCACAACAGACGCUUAG